AUGACUACCCACGAUGAGAAAGCAGCUCUCUGUAAUCAUUUCAACAAGCUAGCCCAGGGUCGUAUUAUUGCCUACGACAACCAUGCGUUCUGGGCCCAAUUCUGGAGGCUCCCGUCAAGACUCUCUGCACAGGAUAUAAAUGAAGUACUUAAAGAGCCACUAGAGCAUGUAAGGGAACAUAAUGUGACAAACUUGAUUACAUUUGUACGGGCAAUAAGUAUAGAGCUUAUUAGGAUUUCAAAACUAGAGUCAUGGCGAGAUGGAGAUAUUCAAACCGUACUUGUAUGCAUUCGACUAUUAGUCCGAGUACUUCCUAGAAUAUUUGAGAUGGAAACUUAUCACAUUGGAUUUGAGCCACGAAUAUGGAAACAAGAGUUUGAGCCAUCGCAGUUGGACUCCUUGGAUACCAACUUGCAUGAAAAUGAAGUAACUGGUGAUUUAGCAACAAACUUGUUGAUGAGCUUGUUAGAUUUGCUAUUCACAAAGGGAUUCACAAUAAGUCUGCACACCAAAAGAAAAGGCGGGGUCAAUCUAACGGUUUGGGAACCGGGUAUAGCAUAUAACGGAAAAUUUCUGACACCUAAUUUAAUUAUCGACAGCAAUAGAGCAGAAGUAUUGAAGCUAAUUACAGUUUUAUGCUCCUCUAGUUUAUAUGUGUCACCAGUCGAUGUUGUAUCAACGGGAAAUAAGUUUCUUACUACAUUGGUGGCCAUAACGCCCAAAGUGAAAUUGUUGACAUUAUUUGCUUCGUUGACUAAUUUAGUGUGCAGGUCCACUUCCAGUACAGACAAUUUUCUUUUUUGGGAUUGCCAUGCAUUCACUGAAAUUCGACAUUUAUUAGUAACCCAUGCUUUCCAGUUGUUAAACUUGAUGGUUGUUUACUCAACACCCGUUGGUAAACGGAAUAUGGUCAGAUUGUAUAUGGGCAAGAUGCACAAGGAUCACGAAAUUCGAUACAUGUUGUCUUCCAUGAUGAAUAUACUCCAAGCAACAGCGGGAUUUGUGAAAAAGAACGGAAAGCUGUUGUGGGCAUACGAAGCCGUGGUUUUUAUGUGGGAAUUGACGCAGUGCAAUAAACCAUUUAGAGACCUACUCAAAAAAACUCAUAUUUCAGAGCUCCUGGUAAUCUUGUUGUAUUUCACAACACUAAAAGAUCAAAAACAAUUGGUGCAGGUGAGCUCGUACUAUUUACUCUACUUGACCUCAAAAGAACCGCUCACCAAUGAGUUGCUAAAGCCAAUAUCCUCUACAUUGUACGAGCACUUACCCAACAAUUUCAAACUAUCAGUAACUCCCAUCACCACACGAGAUUUUCUUGUUGGCCAAUUAUGUACAAUCUUGCUCAAUACUGCUAUUUAUCAGUCAAUGCAGCGACCUUCGCAGUUGGUCCACACCUUGGUUGAAAUACUUUACAACUUGAUCACACCGGUGUCAGAUAAUCCCAAUGUCACUAUUGACCCUACAAAGAGAUUAAACAACCCGAAUCCUAAUGGAGGAUUAUCAUACCAAGCAUCGUCAUUGGUGACUCAAUUGAUUGGCCAUUUGUCAAGAAGGAAUUUUUUGCUCGAAAAGGCAUACCAUUUGGACUGGGUGGCCUUGAUUGUGCGAGCAGUGUGUGCUGCUCUUACUAGGUAUCCACUGCCCUCACGAAUGUUGUUGUUAUGUAUUUUGAAAAAUGAGAAUUUGUAUCAAGAAUUGUGGAAUACUGUAUCGAAUUUGCAAGACUUGUUCAUUAAAGGUGACGCAUUUGAGAAGAUAGAAGAGGAGGAUGAAAGCAAUGGUGGUGCUGGUGCUGGCGUCAGUGCUGGCGAUGGUGCUGGUGCUGGUGUUGACGUUAGUGCUGGCGUUAGUUCUGGUAUUGGUGUUGGCAGUGUGCUGCCGCGAAAUGUAAUAGAUGCAGCGCCGAUUAUAUCCGAAGCUGAAAGUAUUGAGGCAUCUCUACGUCCAGUACCGCCACCCGGUAUGACAGAAAAGGCAAGAUCAAAAUUGAGAAAGAAUAGCUCAGUAAGCAAGGCAUGGCCAGGAAGGGAAUAUUUGGCCCUUAUUUUAUUCACGAUUCUUCCAUAUCUCAAAUCGCAAAUAAAAUCAGUGUGGCCACCGGCGCCAGGUCAUGUACCCGAUAGUUUUGAUCUCGUAAACCGGAUUGGAAAAAUUAAUUUUCAAAAUGCCUACGAGGAUAAAAAUUAUAACCUUGGACUUUGUUUGGAUGAUCCCAUGGACCUGCUUCUACUACAAUUCAAAUGGAAUCUAAUAUCACUAGGAUGGUAUGAGUCUUUAUUAUUUGAAAGAAUAUAUAAUGCCAAUAAUAAUGUGAGGCUAUACCUUGGCUUCACAAGUAACCAAUUAGUUCAAAACUUGUCCAAAUCUAUUGCCUCAAUGAGCAAGUUUACAUCUUGGAACUUUUUAAAAGAAAAAGCUGGUGAUGAAGAAACGGAGCAAUGGGUGAACGCGGCUUUGACCACAAUAAACAUCUGGGAAAGUACCGAAAUCAAACUUUUCAAGGUGGAAACAAGUUUAAGUUUUUUCGCCAAUUUCAAUCUUCUUGGGUCUAAUUCACCUAAAAAUAAUGACAUGACACGUCGAUUUAACGAGUUGCGAAUGAGUAGCGGAGGUUUAUCAAAUAUUUCUCCGGCAAGUUCUGCUCUCAACACGCCAGUCGAAGAGAAAGAGGGAUUUUUCGCAAGUAGAGCAGGAAGAAACUCGGUUACAAGUUUACAAUCAAUAAAUUCCAUGAACCGGUCUAGAAGUCAUACACGAGCAUCAAUUAGUCAAUUUUCUACAUAG